AUGGAUAUGAUUGUGACUGAUCAAGGCAGCAAUCCGGUAUCUAUUACUGAAAACAAAUUAGUUCAAUCAGCCCAGGAAGCAUCAAUUUCAACACCCACCCUAGAAGCUUGCGAUUGGUCUAAUAAUGCGGCACCUGUGGACGUUUUAGAUGGCAAACCUGUCGAUAUGACUCCGUCACUCUUUCAAACAACGCCAGGUGCUCCAGUAAUUCGGCGUUCAUGUACUGCUCCAGAGGCAGAGAUUGCUAGUAAUGAACAAGGUAGCAACACAAUUUCCACUUCUAGAAAUAAAUUAGUCCAGCUUAUGUUCCAAAAACAAAAGCUAAUAAGCCCUGCAUUUGGUAACCAUAUUUUGUGGCCAUCAGACUCUCCAAUAAAGAAAAAAGCAAAGGAAAGCCUGCCACUUGCGGUGACAUCAAAAUAUUUCAUUGAUUACUUUGAAAAAAAGAAGAAGAAAAGCAAAAGAAGUUAG